AUGGGCGGUCCUGAUAACAUCGACAGGAGCAGCAUCAGCAGCAGCGGAGGGAUGUCUAACCACGACAUGCCUCUACCCUCCUCUGGGCCGAACGGGGACAUUCACAAGCGAGUCACGCGGGCGUCUGCUGCUUCCGCCGCCGCUGGGUCUCAAGCCAACAACGGGAGCAGCUCGGCGACAGGGAAAGCCCCGUCCUCCUCCGCCUACUCCGCCGCGGACACAAACGGAAACUCGUGCUCGCAGGACGCACAAAGACGACAAAAACCACCAACGUUGUCGGCGUCGACCUCGUCGUCGUCGUCGGCGUCGUCGUCGUCUCCAAAACCCGCCCACCACCACCACCCCAACUCCAAGUGGACAUGGGCCGGCUACCUCCUCCUCCUUGCGGUGACCAAGUACACCCUGCCGGACGAGCUGCACACCUCCGCCCCGAGCCUGAAGCACGUCUGGUUCUACGGCUGGGUGACCGCCCUCAGCACGGGGGUCGGCGCCGCGCCGCUGAUCCUCACCCACGACCUCGGCAAGGCCAUGCUGGCGUACGGCAACGCGAUCGCGGCCGGCAUGAUGCUGAGCGCGAGUUUCAGCCUGGUGUCGGAGGGGGCGACGGUGGUUGAGCCGGACGGGUUCACGGCCGAGUGGUCGGCGGUGUUCGCCGCGUUCCUGGGGGCCCCGUGGGCGAGGGUGGUGCUGGGGGUGGUGGCGGGGCUUGUCUUCAUCCUCUCCACCAAGAAGGUUUUGGAUAACUACGAGGACAUUAAGCUGGGCGAGCUGCACGGAAUGGACGCGAAAAAGGUGCUCUUGAUCGUGUUCGUGAUGACGCUGCACUCAUUCUCAGAGGGCGUGGGGAUCGGGGUCUCGUUCGGGGGCGACGGGGGUGCACGGCUGGGAUUCCUGAUCUCGGCGACCCUUGCGGUGCACAACGUGCCCGAGGGGCUGGCGGUGGCCCUGGUGCUCCAUCCCCGCGGAGUUUCCAAGCUCAACACGGGGCUGUGGUGUGUAUUCACCUCGCUACCGCAGCCGCUCAUGGCGGUCCCAGCGUUCUUGUUCGUAGGACAGUUCAUGCCAUUCUUGCCGAUCGGGCUUGGCUUCGCGGCGGGGGCGAUGUUCUGGGUAGCUUGUUUCGAGUUGUUUUUGGAGGCCGUUGAGGACUCGUCCGUCAUCAAGGCGUCCAUCACCACGGGCUUGUCUUUCGCGGUCAUGCUGUGCGCGCACAGCUACUUCGAGCACGAGGCGUGAGCGUAGAAAAAAAGAAAUGGCGGUCCAUCGAUAUAUCGAUCUAUCGGCCGGUGUUUGUGGUCUACUUCGCUUUUGAAGCAGCUCCCGCCAUGUUCCACACCACUCACUGCAUCGGGCGGCCUUUUUUUGUUGUUAAAAGUGGCGUGUGGUUUGAUCCACGGCAUCGGGCGCGUCGUACCAUACCGGCCGGCGGGCAAAGAGCAGCCGCUGGGAAGGAGUCAACCCGUGAGCGAGCAUCGUCGUGGCCACCACGAGCUGCUGCUGCUGCUGCCUGGUCAAUCGGACACGUCCCGCAUUUGACGAAGGUCGCUAAGAGGCUGUGGGUGAAUAGUGUCAUCUGUCCGGUCGAAAUUUCCAGAAUCGUUCCUGAAUCCUUUUCACUUUGUCGU